UGAGCCUUUUUAGCUCUUUGUGGCCGUGUCUCAACCAGGAGAUCCUGCCAUUAAGCUCUUCGGGAGGAAUAUUCCGGUGACGGACUCUCGGGUUCCAUCGGUUUAAGAAAAAGGCUCCGACUUGGAGCGUCAGACCCCGUCAAUUCCUACAGUCAUGUGAUUUACUGGUCUGUCCAAUUGUAUGUUCAAUUACAGUAUGGAUGUGAAGAAGCAACAAUAACUGAAGUUGAUGACCCUUUCAUGGCAACAUCUUGUGAGCAGGAUUGUCCUUCUGAAUUAGAUACUCAAAAAGAGAUUGACAACCAAAAUCCUACACAAGAGAACGAGGCUAAAGUAGAGCGAAAUUCUGAGCAAGACCAAAUUGGCAAAGGCGGUGCAGGUGGCCAAGCGAAGGCUUUAAAAAAGCCAAAUAAGGUCCUUCCUUGUCCUCGCUGCAAUAGCUCGGAGACAAAAUUUUGCUAUUUCAACAAUUACAAUGUAAACCAACCUAGAUACUUUUGCAAGAAUUGCCAGAGAUAUUGGACAGCUGGAGGAACAAUUAGAAGUGUUCCUGUUGGGGCUGGAAGGCGCAAGAAUAAGCAUUCAACCUCACCACAUCAACAGGUAGUGGAGCCCUCUAACGUAUUACCGGUCAUCAAAACGGACAGCCUUAGCUCUGUCAGCAACCAGCAUCCCUCAUGUGCUGGACUAGAGUUUGGCAAAGAUGCUCCGCUGUGUGAAUCCAUGACAAAUGUUCUUAAUCUCAGAGACCAGAAGAAAAAUGUUGGAAUUGGGCCUUCAGCUUCAGAGGAUAGUAGUGACGAGCCAUUGCCAUCUGGCUCGUCCUUGGCAGCCGCUGCUCCACAGGAUUGUGAAUUUCCAGAAAAGGAAAUCAUGCAGGUUGGUCUCCCAGGACACUGCAACAGUUUCAUUCCAACUCAUGGACUGCAGUGUUACCCUGUUUCACAAUGUGCUUACCAUUGGAACCCCGGUUGGAAUGCAAUGGUGUUUGGAUCUAGUAGCAGUAUCUCUAAUAAUGGUCAUAUGGGUUCUCCACCUAUGGUGCCAGUUCCUGGCUUCUGUGCACCAACAUUCUCAUUUCUUCCUGCCCCAUAUUGGGGUUGCAUGCGAAGCUGGGAUGCCAGCUUGGUUGGAUCUACCGGCAGCCCAUCAGCUUCAUCUUCUACUAGCAACGGCAGCUGUUCAGGUAACAGCUCACCGACCUUGGGAAAGCAUUCAAGGGAUGCAAAUCCACAGGCUGAAGAAACAAAGGAACGGAGUCUUUGGGUACCUAAGACACUGAGAAUCGAUGACCCAGAAGAGGCUGCCAAGAGUUCCAUAUGGUCUACUUUGGGUAUUAAGCCUGAAAAAGACAAACCCAGCAUCAGAGAUAGCAUUUUUAAAGCUUCCCAAUCAAAAUCAGAUACCAGUUCUCGUACAUCAGAUGCUGAUCACGUUUUAAAAGCAAACCCAGCUGCUUUUUCUCGCUGUCAAUCCUUCCAGGAAAGCACUUAAAAUACACUUGCGUAGUUUAAUAUAUAUGCACAAUGUUUUGGUGGAUUGGCCAUGUAUUUUGGAUGCCAAUGUUGUAUGAACUGCACCAGAAUGCCAUCGUUUCUGCAUCUGCUGAGGCUAGGUCUUGAGAUCAAUGGUUUAGAAGAUGGCAGUGACUUGCGGCAUCCCUCUCCCUUCUUGCAUUUUCUUAUUAAACCAGUGUUCCAAUAUAGAUUACACCUCUAAGUGAUAGAUUACACAUGCAUCUCAUGUUUAAUUCCAUGAAGAGAAUUUUCAUUAUGCAAGAUUA